AUGGAUGCCUAUGCCAGUCACCUGAGACACCAUGAACAGGCACGCCCAAUGGACAUUGGGACACCCGGAAACACGCGAAGGACUCUCCUACCAUACCACGAUCACAUUGAACGCGAUAAUGCCGGCCACUUUCUCACACCGCCGUCCGACGCCCGCCUGUCCGAUGCUCUUGUGUUCCUCGUCAUCGCCACAGGUGUCCCAGUUCGCCAACGUCGCGUCCGUUGGCCAGUUGAUUUCACUUCAGACGGAGACAUCAAGCCAAACAGAUGGCCAAUGGGAGAUCCGGUGGUCAUCGACAACGCCUUCCGAAACUUCCUGCGGGGUUACUUCUCUAUCGCCACGACAGGCUUGCCUGCGCGGGAACCAUCACUCUCAGGAAGCUCAGCAUAUAGCACACCGGACGACUGA